AUGGAUAUUAUCUCUUCUUUCUUUUGCUGUGCAGAUGAACAAGUUCAAGAAUCAGGACAGCGGAAAACUAUGAACACCGAAAGGACAGAAAGUAAGCCUUCCAAUCGGAGAGAUCUACCGCGGAACAACGGUGACUCACGCCAAGUGCGCUCGGCUGAAUUGUACAAGGAGGAGAACACAGAUACAACAGUUUCAUCCGGGAGCACACCAAAACUAAGAGACUCCGACUCAAAUAAGAAAAAAGGAGACCGUAGCCGCGACAAUGCGCAUAUGGAUAGAAAACAUGCUAACAAUAAAUCUCAUAUCAAUGAUGCAGACGCUGCUGAAAAUAGUCAGAAAAGACACUCGACGCGAAGGUCACAAGUAAAUGGUAAAACGCACGAUAAGAAAAGAUUGGCAGAUUCCGAUAACAAAAAAGGAGAUGAUGACGUCGAUGAAAUUACUGAAGAGGAAGUACCUGUGCCCGUUAAUAAAAACAGCUCAAAGAAAUCAACUUCAAACAAUUCAAACAAUGUCAAACCUUCUGGGAGUGACCUCGAGAAAUCCAAUUCUAAUAUGGAUGGAGAAAAAUAUAAAAAGCUAUCUACUGAAGAAGAAGAGGAGCUGGCAAAUCAAUUGGAAUAUGGUACAAAACUAUCACAAGUCAAUUCAGUUGGCUCUGAUAACAGUGAAGAAAACUACGAUUCAGUACCGACUUAUGACGAAGAAGAUCUAGAUGAAGUUGAGGAGGAAGAGGAAUAUAUCGACCUGACGGUAUUGCAACCGGGACAAUACCAUGCACCAGGCUUGGAUACCUUAUUAUCCCCCAAAGGAGAUGCUUUCAAGCAUAAGAAGUGCCUUGUUUUGGAUCUAGAUGAGACUCUUGUACAUUCCUCUUUCAAAUAUCUGCAUACAGCUGAUUUCGUUCUUCCUGUCGAUAUCGAUGACCAGAUCCACAAUGUUUACGUGAUAAAGCGGCCAGGUGUUGACGAAUUUCUCCAACGGGUUGGUGAAUUAUAUGAAGUUGUAGUAUUUACUGCAAGUGUAUCCAGAUAUGGGGAUCCUUUGCUAGAUGUGCUUGAUAAAUCUAACAACAUACAUCAUAGACUUUUCAGAGAUGCGUGUUAUACCUACGAAGGGAACUAUAUUAAAAAUCUAUCACAAAUAGGUAGACCUUUGUCAGAGAUAAUCAUAUUGGAUAAUUCACCACCAUCGUACAUAUUUCAUCCUCAGCAUGCAAUUCCAAUUUCAUCUUGGUUUUCUGAUUCUCAUGACAAUGAAUUAUUGGAUAUCUUACCCCUGUUAGAGGACCUAGCGAAACCUUCUUUACCUGAUAUUGGGAAGGUUUUGGAUGUAACUAUAUAA